ACCCACAAUUUCCUUUCUCAUAAAGCCAUAACAAAACUGUGAUUACCUUUGCAGGUGAGCUCCUUCUUUUUCUGUUUGGUCUUCAGUCAGAUACUCUAUCAAACAUCACCUGUGUGGACUCAACAAGUUCCUGCAUCCUGAAAAAGGAUCCAUUCCUUCUUCUGCAGUUCUAAUUUGUUUCCAGCCUGUCUUGAACUAAGAAAGCUUCAAGCAUCAGUUCAGCAUCGAUUCAGCACUGGACUAUGAGAUGAUGGCUCUCUUUGUCACUAUUCUGUUUUCCAUCUUAGCUGCUGGCUUCACCAAAGUCAUGGAAGUGACCCAGCCAGCAUUCCUAGUAGCAAAAAGUCAAGAUUCUGUCAACUUCGUCUGUGAAUACAAGAAUGCUAAAGAUGUGAAAGAACUCAGAGUAACGUUACUUAAAGAGACAGGAAACACAUCCAUCCAGAUCUGUGCUUCACCGCUUCCUAUCCAGGACAACAAGCCAUUCAGCCUGAAGGAUGGUAUCCACUGCCAAGUCCAUCCUGGUCAUGAGAGUGUCAACGUGACACUUCGGGGCCUACAGUCAACAGAUGGAGGUGUAUACGUUUGCAAGAUUGAGCGGCUUUAUCCUCCACCCUACUACCCAGUCAUGGGAAAGGGGACCCAACUCUAUAUUAUUGACUCAGAUCCAUGCCCAGACAUAUCUGAGUAUCUUUCGAUCAUAGUGACAGUGGUGGCAGUCGUUUUUGGAUUGUUUGUCAACAGCAUUUUAAUCACAGUCUACAUUACAAGAAGGGUGAUACGAAAAAGCAAAUAUUUUGUUCCUGGGGUCUAUGAGAAAUUUAACCAAGAAGACUAAAGAAACAACUAGAGAGAAAGAAGAAAUUAUGACUUCUGUGAAGUAUCUAUGGAGAAAAUGUAUUUCCUAAUAUAUAGGAAUGUAAUUUUUGUAAAUUGCAAACUGGAUCACAGUGAAGGGGGAAGCUAUGCAUUAAAAUUAAGAAUACUAAAGUUAUGCUGCAAAGCGACUGAAUUCAUUAGGAUUUGGAUACAAUAUUCUACAGAUUAUACUUCCUUCUGUUGUAAUUGUCUUAUAAAUCUAUCAGUAACGAUAACAACACGAUCCUUAGAGUUAAUCAUAUGGUAGAACCUUUCCUGGUCUAUAUCCCAUCAGGUGAUACAUAUCUGCAUGUCUGAAUGCUUAACCCUUAUUUAGCACUCAAAAUGCACCUUACACCCCUGCCUACUGUUUGCGCCGUUUGUUACCUCAUUGUAGCAAUAUCUUUGUGUGAACUCCAGCUUUAACAGAUGGUUUUCUGCUUUCUUUUUUGUUAAGACUUCUUCUUGAUAUAAAUUAAAUUUACAUUAUCAGGGAUCACUAAGGCACAGAGAUUAUGUUUACUCCCAUUCAGCUGGUCCAAUGCAAGGACGUGAUAGUGUUCAAAGUCAAGUCAGAGUGAUGAUGAUGUCUUGAUGUUGUCAUGCAGCCAAUCAGAUUUAACAGUGGGGUGACAUCAGGAAACCACAUGAGAAUGAAAGAAAAGCCCUUACCAAUCACAAACUGGGAGUACCUUUAUUUGUGUGCCCCUCAGUUGUGGAUCAGUGCUACUUGCAUUUCCACCACUGGACUGAAGAAGAGCAUCUUUUUUCUGUGCCUCACCUUUUCUUUACCUCCCUCACCAGCUGUGGUGCUUGGAAGCGCCAUUCUCUUCAUCUCCUGAAGGACCUGUCAUGGUCCUUCCACACUUCAUACCUUGCCUUGUUCUCAUCUCUCUUCCCCAUUUUGUUUUUUGAAUUUAUGCUUUGUGAAUAAAUACAUUUUAUAAAAUAAAGCUGUCAAAUGCA